AGUAUCUUUUCUCUUUUCUUUUCUAUUUCUACGGUACACGGUACGAGUACUCGUACUUUACCGGUUCGUACCAUGUGUACAAGAUCACUUCUGAUGAAAUCAUUUCGUGCCGCGGAAGCGAACAAUCGGUUGGGACUAUGAGGAGUGGAAUGCUUUAGAUCGAGGGACAAUCGGCUGGAACACUGAGGGCAAUACCGAUUGGUGUUGGGUAUUUAUUGAGUCAAAGUUCACCAUGGCAAUUGGUUUCAAGACUAUUCCGUAUCUUCACGAGAUCGAGGAGGGAGGCGGCGGCGAUCUUGGUGAUGCAAACUCGGACAGGAACGGAUUUUCGCACUGCGGCAUCAACGAAACAACGGCACUCUUAGUGGCGACGCCAAGGGUUUAUGGGCUGUUUACUUCCGAUAGAAUGGUACUCGCAACAUCUAGGGGCGAAAGAACUAUAAAAAGAAAAAGCUCGUCUGGGUUUCUCGCGAUCGUUGUCUCUGCAACGGCAAUGGCUUUUCUUGUCCUAGUCCUGGCUCAUUGUACUAAUUGCAAAAUAUUCUUUUUCGAUGCAUCGGUUUCGAUGACAAUUGGCACUAGAUUUUACUCUACUAACAACGCUGUCCUCGAACCAAUUCCACAACCGAUAACCGAAACCACAACGACCACCACAGAGUACGGAGAGGUAUGGCUGAUACGACACGGAGAAAAAGAUAGCGCCUCAGCAUUCGUUGAAAGUUCUUCGUCGUGGUCACCAAACGGGGGUAACUUAAACCUGCGGCAACGAAUGCGGCUGCAAACGAUCUUGUACGAGUUGAAUGCGAAGGGGUGGGAUCGGGCCGAGCAUCUUGGUUCCCUCGUGAAAGCCAAGCAAUGGCCCGAGUUUCACGCCCUGUUUGCCACACGUCCGCCUACAGCCCAAGAAAUAGAAGACGCCGUAGAAAACAAUCCGCUCGAUUACUUUGCCAUUGCCAGAGAUCCCACCGGCCAAUCACUGGUGUGGAGGGAAUACCAAACGCUUCUACCCAUCUCCGAUUAUCUGAGGCAGCCGAUCGUUGCCGACUUUUGCAAGGGUGACACCAAGGAAGCAGCGCUGGAGAUUGCAAAGACCGCUGUUCAUGCUUCUGAAUCGGGUAAACCAGGACCAGGAAGCCCUGAUCUCAGCAUUCUAGCAUUACCAGCAGCAGGCAACGUCACCAACAUAAACAUCACCAAUAGCAACAACCGCAGCAACAUAGUCUUGGUAUCAUGGGAUCACUGUUCUCUACCGACGCUAGUGGUCGACGGAUUCGGGUGCAAAGAAAUUGAAUGUUACCGAUGCUGGUCAGACCAUCGAUUCGGUGAUGUGCUAAAACUGAACGUAAGCGUAACAACGACUACUACGUCAAGUAACCGCACCGAUGCUAACGAUUCCGAACCCCUGGCUGUCGGCACUUUGCAAAGCAGCAAGUCUACCAAUACCGAUACCGAUACCGUGGUUCGGCAACAGGUUUCGGUAUCGUCGACGAUUCUUUCGAUGACUGGUGAGAGCUAUCCCGGUGAUGAUUAUUGCUAUGUCGACCACGAUGAGGAACCCGACGGAGUCGGAAAUAGUCCAGAUCAUGUCACAUCGACCCCGACGUCUGUCUCGAUUCGAAAGUCCACGCCGUGUGUCACCUCGUAUUGUUCGAACCGGCCCUCGGCAGGUUUCCUCGUGGACUGCCUAUGCUAUCGUCACGGGAAGAAUGAGGACGAUGAUGCAAAUGCUAUCAUGGAGACCAACAAUGUCCGCGAUGGUGUCAACGAGGAGAAAGAUCAUACCAAGGAAAAGGAGGAUUUAGCUUCUUCCUCAUCGGGAUGGAUAUCACUUAUGAAGCAGAUACAAUGAAACAAAACGAUCCAACAGAACGGAUAUCAAAGCAGCGCAGUUAGUACCUUGCAGCAAUAUAGUCUAUUGGAGGAGAGACAAAAAUUAUUGAUUGCAGAUCGCCUGCAAGGAACAAUCGCUACCAAGACAAGAGUAUUGCCUAACAGUUGUGCAGCAUCAACUUGGCGAUUACGUUUAGCAUUGUUGUUUGAUUGUUCAUGAUAAUCAUUGUUUUUGCGGAUAUUUUUCUUGUCUAUCUCUUCCUCCAGACUACUAGUUGAAACAAUAGGGUUACUAGUAUGAAGCGCUACCAACACCACUUCAAUACCAGGAAGUUCACCUUGUGAGGACAUACAUGUGCCUUCAGGAGAGUCAAGCAACAGGAGCCACUCAAAGAAAGCGCCUCUGAUGAUCUUGUAUUGAAAUAUAUUCGUAAAGAAUAUUUGGAUGCGUUCGGGAGCAGAGCCCCCAGUACAGUUUGGGCAACCAGAUCUACCAUAGAUAGAACACUAAAGUCCCUAUCAAAGUUUGGCAAGACCUUCGCCUGCACAUAAUAGCUUUGGUUUUGAAACAGCCAAUGCUGUUAUGGAUGACUCUCUCAAAGAGGGAAAGUAACUCCAAAGAUCACAAGCAAUGGUACUGAAUUGGACAUAUGAAGACUGCUAUUGGAAAUUUGGAGUGUGUAGUAGAAGUCGAUCCUCGUUUUAGAGGAGCCUCCUUUGUUUGCGAUGACCAAGGACUUGCCACAAGCAGACUAUGUAUUGGAGGUGCCACAUCCUACUGGCAGAACUAUUUCCUCACUGGAUGCAAAUCCUAUAUGGGAGUAGGCAUGAGGCCUAAUGUUGCAGUUAGUGUAGAUGUUUGACAGCUUACUCUAUCUCUCUGCACUUACCCUCCAAUGAACUCAACUAUGACACAAGGGAGAAGAGACCGAUGGAGACUUGCCAGAGAUUUCUUGGCUUUUGGCUAUGUACACUAUCUUUAAGGGGAUCUGAAGUGUUCUUAAUGGAUAUCUAUCUAUUAAGGAAACAUAGGGAACUGAGAUAAGAAUUUUUUGGCUACCUAUUUACACUAAACUAAAGAUAGGUUCAUCCCCAAACACACAUGAUCUAAUGAGAGCUAUUGAAACAACAGGAUCUGGAAUCCACAUCAGAAUGUGGAGAGAUAUGCUACUCAAAGUACACCACAGAUCAAACAUAACUGUAGGGUUGCCUUUCUGUGAUCAUAUUGGAUAUAUUCCAUCCUAUAACACCAUGAAUGCACUGCUCUGGGAAGCAACAGAGGAGGAGGUUUAUGCUGAAGAACCUCAGCUAUUUACAAACUCCCUCACUUCACACACCAGAAGAUAUCAAAAUUUACAUAAAAGUUGACAGAAGAACCAGGCAGAUGACUGCAACAUCCCAAGCCACUUGCACAAGAGUCAGUAGAGAUGAUAUUGAUACAACAAACACUAGAUGAUCUAGAAAGGAACACACUAGGGGGGGGGGGACAAGAUCCCAGUGAGCACCUUGCCAGACACCACUACUAGUAUGCACAGCACCACCCAGCAGGACCUUCUAAAGAAUGACUGCUUAAGACGCUUCCAGGGAAUGCUAUAAGCAAUUGUUGUAAUCAAAUAGGCUGCCAGGGAUGCACCCCACUAGAAUAGUAUAUCUAAGCAGCUAUCCAUCACAACAAAUCAGGACCAAUGCAGGUAGUAGUACUAGGUUAACAAUAUGGCCUGUACGGCACUCGUCCCAACAUCGUUCUCACGGCAAAAUUUGUACAGAUUUAAAUAAAAUGAAAGUAAAGGAUCUUA